ACCAGAUAACUGAUGUGGAAAGCGGCGUGAGCCCCCAGUGCCCUUAUAAAGCCAACUGUGGCUCGGUGAGCUUCUCCGUUAGGCCAGGGGACGGCUCUCUCUUGGCAAGUGUCCCCCAUGGAGCUGCUCUCUGGGUCUUUGCUGGUGCUCUUCUGCUUCUGCUGCGUCCUCCUCACCUGGACAUGGAAGAGGCAAGACGGCAAAGGCCCCCUGCCCCCUGGGCCCACCCCACUCCCCAUCCUGGGGAAUUUUUUCCAACUGGGCCAAAGUAACAUGGUCAAGUCCUUGGAGAAGCUGAGCAAGGUGUAUGGCCCAGUGUUCACUGUGUACCUGGGGCUGCAGCGGGUCGUGGUCUUGUGCAGCUACACGGUAGUGAAGGAGGCCCUGGUGGCGCAGGCGGAGGAGUUCAGCGGGCGUGGGCAGCUACCGUCCUUCUCCAAGGAUUUCAACGAGCAUGGGGUCGUGUUUGCCAAUGGGGAUCGGUGGCGGCAACUCCGUAGGUUUAGUUUGAGCACCUUGCGGAAUUUCGGGAUGGGGAAACGAUCCAUUGAAGAGCGAAUCCAGGAGGAAGCUCAGUGCCUGGUGGAGGAGUUCCGUAAAACACAAGGGGUGCCCUUUGUCCCCAUCUCCAUUCUCAGUCGAGCCGUCUCCAACGUCAUUUGUUCCAUCGUGUUUGGGGAUCGGUUUGCGUACAACGAUGAAAAAUUCCUCACGCUGAACAAGCUGAUAACGGAACGGUUCCGCGUGGCCAGCACGUCCUCAUGUCAGCUGUACAAUAUCUUCCCAGAGAUCCUAGAAAAGAUCCCUGGACCCCACCAUGCAGGCAGCAAAUGUUGCCAGGAGAUCAUUAGCUUCAUUGAAGAGAGGAUCAAGAUGCAGCAGGCCUCCCUGGAUGCCAGCGCCCCCCAGAACUUCAUUGACUGCUUCUUAGCGAAGAUGGAGCAGGAAAAGCACAACCCGAGUUCUGAAUAUUGCAUGGAGAAUUUGGUCAUGACCACCUUCAAUUUGUUCUUCGCCGGGACAGAGACUAUCAGCACCACCCUGAGAUUUGGUUUCCUCAUCCUGCUGAAAUAUCCACAGAUACAAGAAAAACUCCAUGAGGAAAUCGAUCGAGUAAUUGGGCAAGACCGCAGCCCAGGCAUUGAGGACAGGAAUAAAAUGCCUUAUACAGAGGCUGUAUUGCAUGAGAUCCAGCGAUUCAGUGAUAUCCUACCCAUGAGCCUGCCGCAUGCUGUCACGCAAGACACCCACUUCAGGGGAUAUGUUAUCCCAAAGGGGACCUACAUCUACCCUUUGCUCAGCACCGUUCACUACGACUCAGAGCAGCACUCCAACCCUGAUGAGUUUGACCCCAGGAGAUUCCUGGACAGCCACGGGUGCUUUAAGAAGGUGGACGCUUUCAUGCCUUUCUCAGCAGGGAAGCGCAUCUGCUUGGGCGAGGGGCUGGCCCGCGCGGAGUUGUUUCUCUUCUUCACCACCAUCCUGCAGACCUUCACCCUCACAUCACCCAUGCCCCCUGGUGAGAUCAGCAUUGCACCAGCUGCAGUGGGCAUCGGCAGGGUGCCCCCACAAUACCAACUCUCAGUGGCCCUGCGCCGAAGUUGAGCUCUCUCCGUUCCUGUGUUUGGGCACAAGAAGGACUCUGACUCUCUCUCUCUUGGUCUCCAGAGCAGGGUGUGUCUACACUAUCAUUAGGGGAGCCAAUAGGAUCCUACUUUAGAGAGGACAUCCCUCUACUUGAAAGGCUGCCAAGCCCAAGUCCAAUUUAAAGACAAAUGCCAGCGAGAGAGGGUGGCAUCCCAUCCCCACCCCCACUCAGCAGCACCUGGACAGCAGAUGGAGCAGACACACAGAAGGUCUCACAGUCUUUCCCAUUAGGGUGAGAUGGGCUGCAUUUCUGUUUCAAUUGUACUUGAUAUUCCUAAAUUUAGCAUAUAUACAUAUUCAUUCGCAUGUGUAAAUUUUAUGGAAAUCAGCA